AUGGUAUUAAAGUAUGUUCAUCAUUCUCGUCGUUUUGAUGAUCAUCGACAAUUAACAGCUGUCUACAAUACAUUUUCUCAUUCAUCAUUAUUACCAUUAAAUAAAGCUGACUAUUCAACAAAUAAUUAUCGUAAAACAUCAAUUUUAUAUCCAUCAAAUAUUUCACUAAAAAAUUCUUAUUCAUUUUCUUUACGUCGUCAUAGUCGUUCUUAUAUUCAAAAACGUAAAGUAACAAUUGUAUUAAUAUGUUGUUUAUUUGUUGCAUUAUUAUUAUGGACUCCUCAAAGUUUAUCAUUAACAUAUGAAACAUUAAUUGAAAGUUAUACAGAAAUGUCAUCGGAACGUCGAAUUAUAUUACUUAUUUUUAAUAAUUUUGCAAAUUUAUUUCUUUGUAUAAAUGCUUCAAUUGAUUUUAUACUUUAUUGUUUUUUAUCUGAAAAAUUUGCUCGUACAUGUCGACAAAUCAUUUGUCGUUCAUGUUCAAAUCAUGAAGUAAGUUCUUAUCAACGUUCACGUAUAAUGUCACUUGAUCGUACAUCAUUUAUUUUAACAAAUUUAUCAAAUAAUAUUUAUCAACAACAACAACAACAACAACAAUUAACAAAUAAUAGAACAAACAAUUAUGAUACACAAUUAUAUCAUUUUUAUCAUCAUUCAUUAACAAAUCAAAAAAAUAAAAACUCGAAAAAAAACUUGGUCCAAACAUUAACACCAAAUAAUAAAAUUAAUAAUCAAGUUUUUUAUCAUACAUCAUUAAUAAACACAAAGAAAAAAAGAUUUUCAACCAUUUAA